AUGGGAAGAUAUCGUAGCCGUAGCAGAAGCUACAGCCCUCGCCGCCGUAGCAGAACCCCACCUCGCGGUCGCAAGCGUUAUGACGAUGAUCGCCAUCCUGACACCAGGUCUCGCAGAGACCGUCGUUCUCCUCUCCCUUCUGGCUUACUCGUCCGUAAUCUCCCCCUUGAUGCUAGACCUGAAGAUCUUAGGGGGCCAUUUGAACGCUAUGGUCCUGUGAAGGAUGUUUACCUUCCUAGAAAUUAUUACACUGGUGAACCUCGUGGUUUUGGAUUUGUGAAAUAUCGAUAUGGUGAAGAUGCAGCAGAGGCAAAGCAGCAUCUGAAUCACAGUGUCAUUGGUGGACGUGAAAUAAGAAUUGUGUUUGCUGAGGAAAAUAGAAAAACCCCUCAAGAAAUGCGUGUCACUUCUCAUGGAAGUAGCCGAAAUGGAGGUGGUAGCAGAAGGAGAGCUCGGUCAAGAUCUCCACGGCGUCGUUAUCGAUCCUACUCUAGGUCUCCAUCACCUGCCAGGGGCACUUCAAGGGAUGACAGAGGUAGGGAUGAUUAUUCUCCAGGGCGAUCACGAUCUUAUUCUAGGUCUGUUUCUCCCGAUGGUCGGAAGGAAGACAAAAGGUCCCCUCGUGCCUCCCCUGGUGGUAGGAAGGAUGGUAGGAGGUCUUCUCGGGCCUCUCCGUAUGGUGGGAAGGAUGACAGGAGGUCACCUCGCGCCUCUCCCGGUGUUGGAAAGGAUGACAGGAGGUCCCCUCGUGCCUCUCCAGGUGGUGGGAAGGACGACAGGAUGUCCCCUCAUGCCAGGGAGAAUGGUCGAAGUCCAAAUGUUAAGAAAGAUCAGGCACCUAACAGAUCUGAGAGCCCCAGGGACAAAGAUCACAGUCCUUCAAGGUCUCGCUCUCGGUCAUACAGUCCACGCUGA